AAUUAUUGCUUAGGUUGUUUCAGCAGCGCGUGAGUUUGAUUCCAGUAUGUUGUCUCUUGUUUGUGCAUAGCUGUCUUUUUUCAAAUUAUCACUACCCUUGGUCCUUCAAAAGAGGGAUCCCAAUGUAGCUUUGCAGGCACCAACCAAACCAUUUUGCAUCUUGUAUUCAAGCUUCUGAAGAACCUGAGGUUUCAGUCAUAAAAAAAGAAUCUGAGGUUGUUCGAGAUUCUCGAGUGUGGACUUUGUAUUCAAGCCUUCGUUCCAUUUAUGACAUUGCUUUUCUACACUUUUGCUUAUGGUUUUAAUAUCGUGUCUGUACUCAUGUACAAUCUUUUGUUUUUGCAGAUUUUCUUUGUAUCGUCUGGUUGUUCGUUUGGUUCCCAUAAUCAUAUGGAAUCUUUUUAACUUGUUUUACAGAUAAACGGGUGGAUGGCAACAAUUAGGGUGCUGCUAAAAUUGCUAACAGCGGCAUCUUUGUUCAAUGUUAUGCUACCGACUCACACAAACCACAAGUAGAAAGGAUUACAAGGACGCAAAUCACUUCUUGUCAUGUCCUUUUCUAGUCGUAGUCAUGAACACCUAUCUCCUAUUGUCUUGUCCACAACUGAUGGAAAUACUAGUGUUUUGGAUAUUGAUUCAUAGAUAGCAUGAAAUUAAGGUGUUAAUUUUCAUGCUUUCUCAUAGACAAAUCCAAUAAAUUUUUGUUGCAACACUUAUAAUUCAACUCUGGCAACACGAGACAAAUGAUACUCUAGUCCAUAGUCAAACUCAGAUAGAUUUUGUUGUAAACAACAUUGAAGCUACUCCUAUGCUUCUUUGUGUCUUUAAGAUUUGCUCAAAAGAACCUUCAGUGAUAUGUCCAUAACCAGAGUUUGCCACCAAGGAUAAUAAGAAACUUCAUUCCAU